UUCCAGGAAGAUGGACUAAGAAAAUGAACGAAAGAGAAAGAAGAAUACUUCAACGUUUUCAUUACAAAUUCAUUACGACCAUACGGACAGAGGAAAUUGUGCCACUGUUUUACUCAAAAGCAGUUAUUAGUAGUAAUUUUCUAAGUGAUAUCCUCCAUAAAUGUACUCCCAACGUCGAGAAAAUGUCAGCUCUUCUGUUUGAGGUGUAUGAUCGUUGUUCAAUGUCGGAUUUUCUGGAAUGUCUGGAAAAAGCAGGGUAUGAUUUUUUAUGGAAAGAAGUAAGACUUUUGAUAGAAAAACCUGAUAGCUAUCUUCAGGUUCGAAAUUAUGCCAGACAGUCAACCUCUCAGAAUUCGUGUUUUGUGGAUAGUUUUGCAGAAAAAGUAAAAUUUAAGAUUCAUAAUUCAGAGGCACGAAACUUUAAGUGUGAUUUUAAACGAUGGGCCAAGCGGUUAUUGUUUAACCAGCGCCAAGGCAGACUUUCUUUAUCCGAGUCUCGUCAACAAGCUGAUUGCUGCUUCAUUCUGCUUGACUCUCUGGCUGUUAUCGAAAGAACUCACUCCUCCGACAAAAAUAACCUCUGGAAAUCGCCGGUGUUUCCUCAAAUGGAAUAUCUGAUAUCUAAAACCUCUAACCCUGUCUUAAGUAGAAUACGACAUCAUGCUCGAUACGGUGUUGCUCUUUUUCUCGGAGGCAGAGACCAAGAGGGAGAGGAAUAUAUAGAGGCAGCAUUGAAGGAUGCCAAAACAUUCCUGCAUUCAGGUCGUGAUAUCGGAAACUGCAUGUUUGCACUGGUUAAUUACAAACUUAAACGAUUCGCUGAAACAAAAUCUGUUAUAGAUAAAGUAGACAUUCUGAAUCUUACAGAAGAGGGGCUUGGUUACUUUCAAAACGAAGACGAGGGCAUACGAAACACAUGGCGAAGAGUUUACCUUGAUAAGAAAAUAUCAUGCCAUCUGGCACUUGAACCUUCAGGACGAGCAAUUAAGAAUGUUGAUAUUUCAAGUGAGGACAUGAAAGCAGCAAAAGAAUGCCUCUGUGAAAUGGAUAAAGCCCUGGAUGAGAUGGAUAAAAGAAGGAAAGUCCAUUUUUAUCGAGCAAAAGCUCAUCUUCACAAACUUGAAUCAAAUUUUCGAAUUGCAAGAGGUUAUUUGGAACAGGCUCUGGAUUUAUGCGUGGAGGGAGGGUACGAAUCUGAGUUGUGUGUUCUAAAAGAAGAAUUGGGUGAGCAAGCAACUAUCCUUAUACAGCGUGAUACUGCAAUGGAUUUAGAUUUGACCGAGAACGUUGAAGCCUAUGCUACCAAGAACGUCGAUUUGAUGGGUGAAAAUUCUAGUUCUCUUCCCCAUACAACUAGUUCAUGUAAAUCAACUCUCGUUAAUAAUUGUAUUUCAGAUUUAUCAGAGAAACUAAACUUCAACAAUACCGUGACUCCCUCCUCAAGCAAGAGAAAGUUGGAUAUUGACGAACUUUAUGCCAAAAAUAAAAAAAUUUUGUUGUGCUUGAUUGGAUUAUUUGGUACCACAAUCGAUGGCGCCUUGCCUCCCGGUUGCACGCCUCUUGAAGAGCACCCCUUGGAUACAGCUGACCCCGGGAUCAUUUUUGGAAGAACCACGGAGGUAGGAAACAAAGCUUCUCCGGUUAGGACAGGGAACCUGCGCCAGCAUGGACCGAUUCCAACUCAUCAUUUUGCAACCAAUGAAAUAAAAAAUAACAAACCAAUUCCUAUGAGGUUGUUCCCUUAUGAAGCAAUAAUGACAUCGUCUGGUAUUGUGUAUGAUGCGUACACAAUGGACAGGUGGACGAAUCCGGAUCGAACGGAUCUGAUGAUGCAACAAUCGGCAUGGAAGUCCGGUGAGCCUUGGAACAAACUGACAGACAUGGGAACCAACAUGCGACAAGUGGUAAGCGGUCCAGAUGGAAACCCGGGAGGGGAUUUCUCAGGUGAGUCCGGUGUCAGAGUAGGAAUUGCCGGAAGUUCCGAUCCAGUCCUGACAAGUUUUGGCGAUUUGUAUGCUAACUUUGAAUACCAUGGCAAUGGGGGUAAAAUGGAGGUGCCCUUGGUGCGUGGAUCAGCCUUGCUAACCCAUCUCUUCACUAAUGCCAAUCCUGUUAUUAAGCCUUUCUGUUUGGCCAACUUUGCUGGACAUCACGUGAAUUUUAAUUGUCCCUUAGAAAGAACAGUAUUGGAUGCUGGAAGUGGACAUGCUAGCGCCACCUGUUCUGGUGGAACAUUGCACCUAAAACUACAAAACACAAAAAGAAUCACAGAUGUGACAAAGAUACAGUAUGCUGCCAGACCGAAGACUCGCUGGACUGCUGGGGAUCACCCUAUGACCAACUGUGAUGCCAGCAAGUGUAGACUCUCUGAUGGAGGGAAGAUCCUGCAGAUAGACGUACCCAAUGCUCAUGGUGUUAUGGCGUUUGCUUUUAACUACGUUGGUCACUACGUCACCCCUUGGGAUUGGAUAAAUCAUCCGGAAGAAGUCACAUGUCACAGUCGACGCAGCGAAAAAAGGGCGGGUGAAAUAGCGUUACAUGCCUCUUGUGACUCCAACAGGAAUCUACAGAUUGAUGUUGACCUUGGUCACUACAACAUCCCAGGGGUUGACAAGAUUCAAUAUGCUGUUGAGCCAGAGAAUACCUGGGGGAACCCUCCACCUAUGCGUACCUGUAACCCCACCCUCUGUACCCACACUGGAAACAUCGUCACUGUCAAACUGCGAGCACCUGCCCAGAACAUUAAACUUGCAGUAAACAUCAUAGGUUACAUAACCCUUCCACGCUCCUACUGGGUAGAACGCCCAUACAGAAUGGUCUGUGGGGGACCCGAUUUAGGAUCAGCAGCGUCAGGUGGAGGUCACGUGACUCCAGCCCCUACCCUACACUCUAUCACAACACCCCGUCCACAUCAUACACAUCCACCACACACGAUUCGGACAACUGCCUCUUCCAGACCUCUAAGCCAGGGGUCAAAGUUUAUCAUGGAACUGAAUGAACCAGGUGAUGAAUUACCAAACCAAACAAGGAAAUUCUUACUGUAUUUCCAAAACAAGGUCACCCCGCACAUCAACGAAGCCGACAAUACUAUAACUUUUACUCCUACAAACGGUGGCACGUACUCAGGAUUCAUGCAGCUCGCUUAUUUAGGUGCGGGUCUGAGGGGAGAUCACUCAAAUGAUACAGUCCUGGACAGGUAUCUGGGAGUGUAUUCCUACAAGCCUAAGGCGUCAUACUGCGUCAAGAAUGAUCGAGCAUAUGCCAGUUUUGAAUGGAAUCCCAAUAACCAGUUUUCCUAUCAGUCGGCAGGAACACUUCUUAUGAUCACGAUGCCACACCAUGCGUACAUCUUAAAAGAUCAUUAUGCAGCUAACUUGCGGUCUACAGUCUAUACGUUUAAGGGUUUUGAGGGGGCUAGCUGGUUACUGGAUAUGGAGGCACCGCAUGCCGCUAUGGAACCCGACCUUGCUGGUGUACAGGCUAUAAAGGCCAACAACCAGCACCUCCAGGACAUACUGCAAGCUAUAGAGAGGGAUGCCUCUCAAGCCAAUCUGGAGACUUACUGCUCUUUCUCGGACAGUUACGGUGUGGGAAAGGGAAUCGGCAUGCAUGCUCGACUGGCUAGCAUCUCGCGUGCAUUUGGAACUCAUCAUUACCAGGCACUGGACGGGAAAAUCAGACAUUGUUUGGAAAAAUGGCUUCGCAUAGACGACUCUCUUCCAGAGAGAAACAGAUUCCAUUAUGACACUGUGUGGGGUGGACUUUUCCUCCGUGGUGAGGAUGGGGAGGCACAUUUUUACACAGACUAUGGCUUUCCCUUCUACAAUGACCACCACUUUCAUCUAGGGUACUUCCUUUAUGCCCUCGCCUAUUAUGUGCGGCAUGACAAGGCCUGGGCUCAGCAACACCGACAGAGAAUAUAUGCCUUGGCACGAGAUGUCGGUAACCCUAGUUACAAGGACAAAUUUUUCCCCGUGGUACGCCAUAAGGAUAUUUACAUGGGAAUAUCGUGGGCAAGUGGUGUGGGACCAGGACUAAGGCAAGAGGAAUCCUCCUCAGAGUCGUUAAACUGCUACCAUGCUCUGGCUGCUCUGGGGGACGCACUGGACGACCCCAUUCUGCGGGGGACAGGGCAGGUGAUGUUGGCCUUUGAAAUUGCUUCUGUUCGGGAAUACUAUCACGUGCGUGACCACAACUUCAACCAAUUCCCAACGAUAUUGCAGAAGUUUGGUGUAGUCGGUCAGAUAGCAGAAGACAGUUUCUAUGUCUACACUCUGGAUUGGGGUUGUGACCCUAACGUGUUUCCUAUGAGGCACGGGUGUUUGGUUGGUAUCCAAAUCAUCCCCAUUACAGCAGUAUCCAAAUACUGGAUGGACAAGGAUUGGGCAAAACACAUCCUGCAGUCUUGUGAUUGGGCAAUUAAUCCGUCACACGCCACUGAUUAUAACCUUGCAAACCCUAAGGACCUUCGUGACCUUGGGACAGGUUGGAAAGCUUUUUGUUAUGCCGGUAUGGCACCGUAUGACGAGUCACACAAAACCGCCGCUGCCAACUAUCUGAGAGACAAAUACCCACGUGACUUGGUAGGAGGGACAGGUGCAGCUAGUACAUUGCUUUUUAUAUAUGAAAGGACCUGAAAAAAUAAAUCGUUUUUUAAAA